CCCAGCAUGUCAUAGUAUACGAGCAGCAUGUUCAUCACAAGUGCUACUUGUACUCCGACUAACAUCCAACAUCUAACAUCUACUGCACUUUCUGCAGAAUAAAAGCCAGCGCACACGGAUUCGCAACAAAAACAUAACCCGGGGACAUCUUCGGCAAGUUGGAGAUCCGCAGGUAAUUGCAGUGCUGCUCCGUGGUUUGGUCGACAUGCUGGGGAUCUGCGUGUGUCUGUUUGCGGUUUUCACACAUGUCCUCUCUCAGGAGGCUGAGGAGCCUGUCUACUACACAUGCACAGAAGGGUAUGAGUAUGACAGUACCAAAGAGCAGUGCAGAGACAUCGAUGAGUGUGAGUUGUUAGAGGAUGCCUGCAAAGGAGGUAUGCAGUGUGUCAACCACUUUGGUGGAUACCUCUGCCUCCCCAAGAGCGCCAUCAUCUAUAUCAGUAAGGAUGGCGAGCAGGUGCAGCUGCCGGACCCUGUCUCUGCUGUCCCUGCUGUCCCUGCUGUCCCUGCCGUCUCUGCUGUCCUGCCAAUCCAGCCUGUACCCCCCCGGACUACAGACACCCAGGUGAACAGCCGCACCAUCCGCUGUACAGCCGGAUACACUGCAGAUGAGCAGAACUUCUGCAGAGACAUAGAUGAAUGUGCGACAGGCAGACACACUUGUGGUCCUGAACAGACGUGCUACAACACCAGAGGCUCCUACACCUGCCAGUGUCCUCAAGGCUACCAGAAGAAUGGAGACCACUGUAUUGACAGAGAUGAGUGCGCCCUGACUAACUACUGCAUGCACAGAUGUGUGAAUACACUGGGCUCAUACUACUGUGAGUGCAACGCAGGUCACAAGUUGGCCAGCAACAACCACAGCUGUGUUGAUGUGAAUGAGUGUGAUGUGGAGAAUCCCUGUCAGCACCACUGCUACAACCUGAUUGGUUCCUUCCUCUGCCAGUGUGACCAGGGCUACGAUCUGGCUGCAGACAAAGUCUCCUGCCAAGACAUUGAUGAAUGCGGCUUCUCCAGCUUCCUGUGUCAGUACCAGUGUGUUAACAGCCCAGGAAGUUACUCCUGUGAGUGUCCAGAAGGAUAUCAGCUGCAGGGAAACAGGUUGUGUCAAGACAUAAAUGAGUGUGAGUCGGGGACCCAUAACUGCCAAGAAGAUGAAAUGUGCUGGAACUAUUACGGAGCCUUCCGUUGCUAUCCCAGAAACCCCUGCGAGGCCCCUUACGCCAAAACCGCCGAAAAUCGCUGUAUCUGCCGCUCUCAGGCUGAGUGCCUGAAUCUCCCACCGUCAAUUGUCUACAAAUACAUGAGCAUCCAGGCGGAGCGCACCGUACCAGCAGAAAUCUUCCAGAUUCAGGCCACCAACAUGUACUCAAACACACAGAACACCUUCAGGAUCAAAGCUGGGAACGAGGCAGGAGAGUUUUUCCUGAGGCGUUCCAGCAAUGUGAGUGCCAUGCUGGUGCUAACCAAGUCUCUGUCGGGCCCCAGGGAGUACGUGGUGGACCUGGAGAUGGUCACUCUCCAUCUGCCCAUGAACUAUCGCUCCAUCUCUGUGCUGCGGCUCACCAUCAUAGUCGGGCCAUACGCUUUCUGAGCACCACAAUUCCUAGCAGCCCACACACACCUGGUCUAGCUAACAUAGCAGUGUAACACAGCAGAUGCCUGUAUCAGCAUAACAUACAUUUUCUUACAAUACAAUAACGUAGGCUGCCCCAGACUCGUACAGCACUUCCAAUAGGCUUGCUUUUGACAGCCCAUGCUGUGAUUUGACCACUGGGCACCUUUUCUCUCAAUGUGUUCUAAGGAAUUAAGCACUGUGGUUCAACAAAAGCACUUCACAAUUUAUAUAUUUUUCAUCUUUAGAGUUGAACCAUUUUUAAGUUUUUGUGCCUAAGGUGGAUUUAAGAAAGAUAAGAUGCUGGAUCUAAUUUACUUCCCCUCCUUCCAGAAUAAUAAACAGAGCCGUGGCAAUCAGGAAAAGGGGCCUAGUGGACACAAUUUGUAACUGAUGAGUAUUUAUGCAGCCGUACCUACAUUAAUCACUUUGUUUCAGACCACAUUUGCUUUCAAUAACCUGUGUGUGCAUCCGUGAAAGGCUAUGUCAUAUGAAAGAGAGAAAAAGCACAUUUUCUAUAUAAAUGUACAUGACAAAUACCCAAUAUGAGCAGCUUUUUAUAUACAAAUAAAUGACGGAGCUUGUAAAUCACAACUUCUGUUUAUGCAUGUAGUAGGGGUUAGUGCUGCUGCGCCACACUGUUCCUGCAAGUUUUUGUAUAGUUUUACUCAUGAGUAAUAAUUUCCAGAGAAGUCCAGAACAGUUCAGAAGUGUAAAGGAAGGGAAUGUGCCUGUUAUUUGAGAGAGUACUAAACUUCGCAUUUAAACAGGCUUGAUGCACGUGGACUUUACUCACAGGAGUAAAGUCAUGUACAUAUUGAAGUUACAAAUCUGUGUGUGAUUGUGUGUGAGUGUGUGUGUGUGUGGCUGGCUGGCUUUUUGUAUGCAUGCAAGCAAGUGAAAGUGUGAAACACAGAGGGAGAUAAAGGGAAAUAGUGAGAAAGAGCUUGUUCUCUGCCCCCAGGUUUGGUUGAUGUGUUUAUGCGUUUCUGUGAUGCCAUCCCCACAGACCUCAGUUAGACAGGCAAUAACAGAGAUUUCUCUUUGAACUCGAGAACACGCACAGGAAAUGACAACUUUCAUAACACACCUCGGCCAAGUGACCGCUCACUGGUGCCACGGCGAUUCUCCUGAGGAACAGCUGAGCUUUCUUAUGUCGGUCCCAGUCAUGGAGUCACACACUGGCACCAGGCUGGCUUGCGUGAUACACAUAAUUACAGUGCUUUGCCCUAUAGUGUGACACAGGGGAUUAUUAAAGUGUUAAUACAAUGUCACCACACUUUUGGCAGAAUGAGAAAUCUUUCACUACCUGCUUUGCCUUUCGUGACUCCGCGGGUCUGCUGUGGUUUAUUGCUGAAACACUGUACACUGUAGAAACACAGCACUGAAAACCACAUUAAAAACCAACAUGUUGUCACCACUUCAAGUGUAGAAAGUGAUCUGUCUUUAUGUGGUUCCAGCAGCAAUAAUGCCAUAGUGCCUUAGAGGUAUACAGUAAAAAAUGUGUAACACUAAUCGUAUCAUUUAUGCUGUUAAGACUUCCUUCAUUGAAAUGCCUUAAUGAUUUUCUCUUCUAUUUAAAAUAUAUUUUGUCAUAUGUAUCUUAUAUUGAUUCUACUCUGAAGAGCAAAAGUUAUAUUGUUGAAUAAAAUAUGAUGGAUAAAUGGG